CAACGACUCAGCAACUCGUGAUAUCUCGUGACUGCUCUUGGCCCGAGCCCAGCUUUGCAGUGACUGCAGUGAUGCGAUGGCGAAGUCGCUCCUUUGCAGUUGCGCUAUCUUUGAUCACCUGGCACUGUACAUGGGCCAUGUUGCCUUCGCUGAUUGUUUUUGAUCUGGAUGCAUGCCUUUGGUCACCAGAAAUGUACGAGUUGAGCUCACCUCCAUCCUCAUACUGCAGCAAGCGCCGUGGAGUUGCCGCAGGUGCACAGACAGUACGACUUUUCCCUGGUGCUGAAGCUGUCCUGCGCAGGCUGGCAACUGACACUGCCUUUGAAAAAGUUCAGAUUGCUGUGGCAUCGUCAACAACGGAGCCUGCAUUCGCAAAGAAAUGCCUUGAGAGUUUUCCCCUAUCUGGCAGCAAGUUUGUGACUAUUGACGAAUUGGUUCGAUUCAAGCAGAUCUAUCCUGGAAGAUGCUUGGACUUCAAAAGACGGUAUAAUCCACAGAAUAGAUGACGUGGUAUUGUCGUGGAUUAAGGCAAAGCAGCGCAUCACUUUCCAAAGCUGAAAGAAGAAUCUGGCAUACCCUAUGAUGAGAUGAUAUUCUUUGACGACUGUACCUACAGUGACAAUUGUGCUGAUGUUGCUUCACGAUGCCAUGGUACUACAUGUAUGCGCACUCCAUCUGGCCUCACCGAAGAUGAUUUCGAGCUUGCGCUGUCUGCUUUUGCUGCUGGGAAGAGAGGGGUCAUUUGAUGCCUCUCGAAGUCUCACAAACCGAAUACACGCACGCACUGAGUCACAGCGCCGAAAAA